CCUCUUCUCACGAUGAAGUUUCUCUGCCUCCACGGCUCCUAUGGGAGCGCCGCUAACUUCAAAACCCAGCUUGGUCCAUUCACCGACGUAGUGCAGAGUUCUGGCUCUAGCACGUUCAAAUGGAUUGACGGCGGACACAGAGCGGUACCGCCGCCUGGGUUUGAGGACUACUUUGGUGCUCCUCCGCUCUUCCGCUUCAUGGAUUAUGAUGGAGUCGGGGCCUUGGACGGCCUUAUGGUCAAGAUCCGUGAUUUCCCCAAAGGCAUGACUCCCGAGGACACGAUCCGGAAGCUGCUGGGUGAAGAGAAUAUGUUUUCGUUCGAUGCUGUGCACGGCGCCCUCGAGAGGCUGCAUGAGAUUAUUGACCAAGACCCCGAGAUUGAUGGAAUCCUAGGCUACUCGGAGGGAGCCACCACCGCUGCGAGCUUGGUGCUUGAAGAACGCCGACGAUUUGAAGAAAAGGGGAUUCCCCGUCGCAUCAAGGCUGCCAUCUUCUUCGCUGGCUGGCCUCCUAUGCGCCUGACCGAUGACAAUCGUGUCGAGUGCCUACUGGCAGAUGCGUGCGAGGACAUCAUUGAUAUUCCCACGUGCCAUGUCGUCGGAUGCAACGAUCCAUACAUCCAGGGCGCCAUGGCGCUCUACGGCAUGUGUGACGAGGAUACCGCGGCCCUCUUUGAUCACGGCAAGGGUCACACUCUGCCGAGGGAUACGAGAACCAUCAACGAGCUGGCCACGGCUAUCACUGAUACGAUAGUCAAGGUUGGGAACAAUUGA